AUGCUCGCCAGAGGACUGAAGAGGAAGUGUUGGGACAGUGAGGAGGAGCUGGCCGUCCGCUCCUACGCCCUGCAGCGGCAGUCGCUGCUCGACAUGUCCCUGGUGAAGCUGCAGCUCUGCCACAUGCUGGUGGAGCCGAACCUGUGUCGGUCGGUCCUCAUCGCCAACACCGUGCGGCAGAUUCAGGGCGAGAUGACCCAGGAUGGGGCCGGGCGCCUGGCGGUCCCCCAGGACACAGGGCCAGCACCGCUCAACUGCCUCGUCACCACAGACAUCCUGUGCCACUCAGCACAGGACCAAGGGCCCAGGCCUGACGGCGGCUGCUUUUCCAAAGGCUCCACGGAUGCCCUGGCCCGUUCCCUGAGCUCUGACCCUCCCUCAAUCACAGCAGCACAGGUGCCAGGGCACCCUCCCGACAGCUUCUGGGACCUGGACAGCUCACGAGAAAGCAGAGGAAGCCUCCAGAGGUCACUGGAUCAGAUCUUUGAGACACUGGAAAGUAAGAGUCCUGGGUGUGUGGAGGAGUUCUUGUCGGACGUCGACAGCCCCCACUGUGACCUCGACACAGUGCUGACGGACAUGGUGGGCAGUGCCAGGGCCGGGCCCUGUGACACGCUCGAAAGCUUGGUGCCCCUGGCUGCCCCACCACCCAGCCCCAGCUGCAAGGCUGACCUGGGCGAACUUGACCACAUUGUGGAGAUCCUGGUGGAGACCUGA